AUGUAUCCAUCAACUGCCGGGAACAUCACAACGAAUCCCUUCGAAGUUCCUGAACAUCGGUUAAACCAAUACACUGCUCAACAAAUUUCCACGCUGCAAAUUCGUCUCGAUAAACGAUUAGGCCCCGAAUAUAUCUCUUCCAGACAGGGCCCCGGCGGACAGAAGGUGCAUUAUCUAGCUGCGGAGAAGUGCAUCAAUCUUGCGAACGAAGUUUUUGGCUUUAAUGGAUGGUCUAGCUCCAUCCAAAAUAUUCAAAUUGAUUUUGUCGAUGAGAACCCGAAUACGGCAAAAAUUAGCUUGGGAUUGUCCGUGAUUGUGAGAGUGACGCUAAAGGAUGGGACAUUUCAUGAGGAUAUUGGAUACGGACACUGUGAGAACUCGAAAUCGAAAGCACUAGCAUUUGAGAAAGCAAAGAAAGAAGGGACAACAGAUGGUUUGAAACGGGCGUUAAGGACUUUUGGCAAUGUUCUCGGGAAUUGUGUCUAUGAUAAGGAAUACUUAAGCCGGAUUACGAAAGUGAAGGCUGUUCCUUCAAAAUGGGAUGUAGGAGAUUUACAUCGUCACGCAGACCACACUGUCGUUAAAAAGGAGACCAAUCCUACCAAUCCUACCACCACUGGUGCUUCCGAUGAGUCACUCACAGUGGAUUCUGAACUUCCACCUCGAUUACCUGAUCCCCCUAGUGUUAAAGUAGAUGAAACACUUCCAUUAGAGCUGGAGGGUGAAUUUGGAAGUGAUUUGUUUGACGAGGCGGAUUUUGGAGAAUCGCACAGUGUUCAUCCCGAUGAAGUGUCAACAGAUCCAGAACAAGCUGAGCAAUUUCAACGGAAUCCACAACAAAUUCCUGCGAUUUCGCAUGAAUCCCGGAAGAAUCUUUCAGAAAACAUAACAAGACCUUCCAAUCAAACCGUCACGCCCUCAAAGCAAGACAGAUCAUGGGCAGCUGGCUCUGCUUCCGCCGCACAACCGGAUCUCCCUCCCAUUCCUGGAGAGCGAUUAAAUAGACCCUCACUCCCUCAGACUUCUACAAAUCAUUAUCCUCAAUCAAAUUCCAAAACACCUUCUGGCCCAGGGCUUCAAUCAUUUCCACGAAAAGAUGCUAUACCUAUACCCUCUCAACAACCGAAUCGCACUCCAAAUCUUCCCCCCUCUCUUCCAAGCGAUCAACUAAAAGAGGAAUCCGACGGCGGCCCGAAGGAUAACGGAAACGUUUCCUCAACCAAAGCAUCAUCCCCAUCGCCUUUUGCCUCUCAGAUUCCUGAAGACAAACGCCCUCAGGAUCCAGCUGGCGGGUUCUACUCUGCUCGUGCAGCUGACGAGUUAAGGGAUAACCCUUACGCUGCAAUCAAGUCAGCUCCAGCUUUUGAUCCACAUUUCGACAGCCCCUCCAUACGAAAGACGGCGGGUAUUAAUCACAAUACCUCAGCUCCGGUUUUGCGCGCCGUAGUUGGCAUCAACUCUCCACAGUUUACAGAUGCUGGUGGCAAAACUGUUCCGUCAGCUAGCCAAGCUCAAACUUCUCAUGGAGCAAACAACAAUGGCCAUGACUUGACAAAACGUGGGCCAACCCCCGGCCCUAUUGGUGGUAACGGUAACAGAUUCGUUCCCCCAACAGUUAGGGGACCUAUGACAACGAGUUCGUAUCAACCACCAAUACGAAAAGUUAUGACAAGAAGCGCCGCUGCCGGUCUUUCACCUGCAGCGAAUCCCUCAAUGAAUCCCUCCCAGGCUCAAAACGUAAAUGGAAAGAGGCCACCUUUCACUGAUCUAACGAACGUUCGAGGCAGCGAAGGAUGUAAUGACCUAAUGAAAAAAUCCAAAGUCGGCGACGGAAACAACGUUUCCAAUUCCACCACUGCCUAA